AUCUAGCCUUUAUACAUAUCUAUGGAUGUGUUUGUGUAUCUUCCUCAGUGAAAAAAAAUUGAGUGUGUUGUUGAGGGUAAACAGAGUCUUGUCUCUGUGUAUUUUAGUGUUGAGAUGUUAAUGAUGACAGAUGAGAUGUGCUGUAAAUCAGUAGGAACUGAUCUGUCCAUGCUGGAUAUUGAUGAUUUCAUCACAGAAAUCUCUCAGCUGAAGAAAGAGGUGGCGUUACUGGAGACAAAGCUGAGGUCAAGAGGAGAUGAAGGAGUGAAGAGAGAGGAUGUGGAUUGUUGUGAAUCUUCAGUGUAUGUGACUGAUGGAUGUCUGGAUUCAGUGUGGAUGAGCAGAGAUCAGAGCCGCACACCACAGCCACUGCUGGACUCUAAACUCUCUGAAGAGAAAUCCAGACACACACAGGACUCAGAGCUCAGUCUCACUUUACUCUCUUAUACUGAGUCAAAGCCCACAGACGCUCAGGACACUGUGUGUGACAGUAAUCAGGGCUUACAGGAUGAGGAAUCUACUGAUCAAACCUCCACAGAGUCUCUGGAUUCUGUCUGUAACGCUGGAGAACAGCAGCAGAUCCUGCAGACCACACUGAAGAUGUGUUCAGUCAAACUGAUCGACUGCAGGAACCUGAUGAUGAAGAUUAAAACUGAACCCACAGAAGAGGAAGAUCACAAUUAUAAAGAGGAAGACAAUCAUGCAGAUGAUUUAAUUCCAUCAGAUGUGAAGAGUGAAUCAUGUUGUGCUGGAGAAACAUCCUCAACAUCAGAAGAUCGACUGACAGCACAAACUCUUUCCUGCAUCACCUGUGGAAAGACAUUCAGCUCACAGAGACAUUUAGAGACACAUGAGAGAAAACACACAGAACCGAACCUCAGCUUUACUACCUUACAAGAGAAGAUUUACUGUGAGCAGUGUGGGAUGAAUUUUGUCUUCUUAUCUCAGCUGGAAGUUCACAUGAGGACACACAGUGGUGAAAAGUCUUUCUGCUGCACUGAAUGUGGAAAUUACUUCACCACCAAACAAAGUCUUGAUGCUCAUCAGAGAAUUCACACAGGAGAAAAACCAUACGAGUGUCCUCACUGUGAGAAGAGAUUCAGACAAAAAGGCAAUCUGAAGACACACGUGUUUAAACACACCAAUGAGAGACCGUAUCAGAGCAGUAAAUGUGACAAGGCCUAUAGGUUUUCAGCUUCAUUAAAAUCACACCAGAAAAAUCACUCUGAAGAGAAACGCUAUCAAUGUUCACACUGUGAUAAACAUUUCUGUUAUAAAUCUAGUCUGAUAAACCAUGAGAGAAUUCACACAGGAGAAAAACCUCAUCACUGUAGUGUCUGUGGGAAGAGUUUUCGUGAAAAGGCUAGCUUACAAAAGCACCAGAGAAUUCAUACAGGUGAAAAACCUUACAAAUGCUCUCAUUGUGAGAAGACGUUUACUCAAUCAGGUCACUUAAAAAUCCAUGAGAGAGUUCACACUGGAAAGAAACCUCAUCACUGUAGUGUCUGUGGGAAGAGUUUUGGGCAGCGUGCACAUUUAAUGAUACAUCAGAGAAUUCAUACAGGUGAAAAACCUUACAAAUGCUCUCAGUGUGAGAAGACGUUUAAUCAGUCAAAUUCCUUAAAAAUCCAUGAGAGAAUUCAUACAGGUGAAAAACCUUACAAAUGCUCUCAGUGUGAGAAGACGUUUACUCAGUCAAGUUCCUUAAAAGUCCAUGAGAGAGUUCACACUGGAAAGAAACCUCAUCACAGUGUCUGUGGGAGGAGUUUUAGGCAGCGUAAAUAUUUAAUGAAACACCAGAGAAUUCAUACUGGAGAGAAACCUUACAAAUGCUCUCAGUGUGACAAGACGUUUACUCAGUCAAGUAACUUAAAAUCCCACGAGAGACUUCAUACAUGAGAGAAACCUUACGUCUGCUCUCACUGUGAAAAGAGAUUCAAUAAUCCAUCUUAAUUCAGAGUUCAUCUGAGAAUUCACACUGGAGAGAAACCUCAUCACUGUAGUGUUUGUGGGAAGAGUUUUAGCAGCAUAAUAAUUUAGUAAGGCAUCAGAGAACUCAUACAGUGUGAUAAGACGUUUACUCAUUCAAGUAAAUAAAAAAUCCAUGAGAGACUUCACACAGGAGAGAAACCUUACGUCUGCUCGAUCUGUGGAGAGAGAUUCACUCAUUCUGGAAGUCUUCAGUAUCAUCAGAAGAAACACACUGAAGAACAAACUACACUGAAAUCAUCAUAGUGCCUUAACCCUUAUGUACUGUGUGUGCGCGCGCGUGUGUGUGUGUGUGUGUGUGUGUGUGUGCGCGUGUGUGUGUGCGUGUGUGCGCA